AUGGAGCCGACGGUAUUUGCAUGUGUAUCGUUCGGCAUCACGAGCCUGCUAUUGGUUUUAAAUGGAACGGCUUGUCUGCUCAAUGUGGAGAGUGUAUGCCUCGUAACGCAAUCUAGUAGCAGUGUGAUGCUGAUCAUUGGGGUGUCGAUACUAGUGCCAAUCACUGGUUGCCUCUAUGCGGCUCAAGUUGAUAUGUGCGAGGCAGACGACCAGAAGCAAAUUUGUUUAUUGCAAGUCCAUUGGUGUUUGAUUCCUAGAAGAAAAUAUGAGGCGCGCCCACGGAAGCAGCCUCAACGAGUGUUAAUGUAUCUGUAUGCUGGGCACUUGCUGUCUGCAUGGGGUGACCGCAUGUGGCAGUUUGCUGUCCCAGUCCUCUUCAUGGAAAUCUUCGUGGAUACAUUGCUGCCAAGCGCCUGCUUCUCACUCGUCAUGUAUACUACGUGUCUCGUCGCAAUACCAUCGGUGGGACGACAACUUGAUGCCGUCAAUCGCUGGAAAGCCAUGCGGCUCGCUAUUGUGCUGGAGAAUAUCACGACCAUUGCUUGUACUGCUUUGUUGGGAGCGAUGCUGUUGUUAACAGGCGCGGACGGACUGCACAAACCAGAAUGGACAUGGCCGUUGACGCUGCUAUUUGUAGGUACACUCAUUUGUGGCGGGGUGGGUCAGGUACUUAGUGAAGCACAAACGCUUAGCAUUGAGCGCGAUUGGGUUGUGAUCAUUGCACAAAAUAGUGGAGUGGAGCGCUCGAGUGCACUGAUGAGGCUCAACAGUAGUCUCCGUCGCAUCGAUCUCGCGUGCAAAAUGUUGGGACCACUUGCGUUCGGCGUUAUCAUGGAUGUUGCCGGUCGCGACCCUACCAAGCGUGCCAUGAUCGGCGUGUCAACGGUAGCUAUUUGGAACGGCCUCUCUACUCCACUCGAGUACUUCAUGACGCGAGACAUCUACACACUUGUACCCGAGCUUGCAACUAAGGACGGCAAAUCGAGGCCUCAGUAUGACGAAGAACAGGAUCAAAAUGCAGCAGACAGUAAAACUACGUUGUCUCGCUACGCAGCAUUGUGGAGAAACUACAUAAGGCACCCGGUUUUUCUACUUAGCUUUUCAUACAGUGCCCUGUACAUGACUAUUUUGGACAACGGUUCGCUAAACACCGCAUACCUCAAGUGGCGAGGCGUGCCCGACUCGUUGCUGGGAUUUAGUCGUGGUGUCGGUGCAGUGUUCGGGCUUUUGGGUACCAUGCUGUUCCCUUACUUGCGACGUACCAUUUCCCGGCUAGAGCAAGUUGCAGUCUUCAGUAUUUGGCUAUUCUGGCUGUGCCUUGUGCCCGUGCUACUGAUAUUCUUGCUGGCUGGCGAAUCGCGCAUGUCGGACUACGUUAUGUUGAGCUGCAUAGUUGGUGCACGAAUGUGGCUCUGGUGUGGCGACCUCGCAGAAACACAGAUCAUGCAAGAAUGGAUCGAGCCGAGCCACUGCGGGGCCAUUAACGCCAUGCAGACGGCCACAUAUCAAUUCUUCUUCAUGAUUAUUCAACUGCUGGGUGUCGUCUUUCAUGACCCGAGUCAAUUCCAAGCGCUCGUUUUCUUCUCCGUUAGUAUGGUUCUUGCGGCAGCGGUAGGGUUCACGUUUUGGGACGCCCGGUUUGGCCAGCACCGAAGUCGGUAUGUGCAGCCUGUCGCAACGACAAAGAUACGGAGGAGGGCAUGA